CAGAAAGCUGUGUGCAGAUGCCUCCGCCUCAAGGGCUUUCUCAGUGUGAUGGACAAGACACACGCAUUGCAACUUGGGGAGCCCAGUUGCCCAGAGGAGCUCGAAGUGCCAUCUGCUGAAACUCCUCAGCAUGUUGCAGCAGGUUCUGAAAGCUCAUUACAGGACUGCUCAUUGCCAUCCUUUUCUGCUACCCCUGAUGGAUGUCGUACAGUAAGUGGUAGGCUAGGACCUACAAGACCCGGUGAAGGGAAGCCAUGCAAGCAGUUAUCAUGUGAUAAGUUGGAUGCUUUGCUUGCAUGCCUGUCCCACUGGGGAAAAGAAACAAUGGUGACACCUCAAUGGCAUCGGGAAAAGUCCUGCGCCUGCUAAGUGAAAAAAUUCAGGAUGUUAGAAAAAAGCUGCGUAUUUGAAAUUAGGAUGUCGUCCUAGCACAAGGCUGCAUGACAGUUGAAAUAAAUGAAGUAUAUUCAGUUUUACG